CUCAAGUGCCACAUCCACUGUUCUCGUCAUCGCUCACCGCCAUAUUGGAUAAACUACCAGCGGACGGGGAGAGUGGAGGCUGAGGGAAACACUGCUUAUAUGUCGCUACAUUGGUUGUGGUAUAGUUGUCAUUACCAGAGAUAAAAACAAUCAUUGGGAGUCCGUAGCUGUGUGUAUCGGGCAAAUUAAAGUGGUUUUAAAAUCACGGCCGGGUAGUGAGAGGCCGAGGCGAGCUGGGUGGUUUUCGUCGUUGCUGUUGGAACUUGUAGACAUGACUUCCCUGACACAGCGGAGCUCUGGCCUAGUGCAGAGACGGACCGAGGCCUCUCGUACGGCUGCCGCCGACAAGGACAGAGGGUCCGGGGAUGAGGACUUCGAGCCCCGCCGCGGGGAAGAACAAGAGGAGCAAGAGAAGGGAGACUCCAAAGAAACUCGACUCACGUUGAUGGAAGAAGUACUACUCUUGGGAUUGAAGGACCGCGAGGGCUACACGUCGUUCUGGAACGACUGCAUCUCGUCGGGGCUGCGUGGCUGCAUGCUCAUAGAGCUGGCCAUCAGAGGACGACUACAGCUGGAGGCCUGUGGCAUGAGGAGGAAAAGCCUGCUCGCCAGGAAGGUAGGGAAUCCUGACCAACUGGCUGCUCUAUGUUUGUGACUGUGUGUAUGUUCA